CUCCUCAAUCGCAGGGCUGCGCUCACCGACUCCACGCCGCCAACAGGGAUGCAGCGAGGGCGCAGCGCAGCCUGAAAAAUGGCACCACCGCGGCUCCUGUGGAUCUAUCCGUCCCUUCCCCUCCUCUCCUCCCUGCUCCUUCUUUUCCACGCGUGCACAGCCGUGCGGAAUUACCCAGAGAAUGAAGUUACUUUGUUGGACUCCAUGUCAGCACUGGCCGACCUUGGCUGGGAGGCUUACCCUAAUGAAGGGUGGGAGGAGAUCAGUGUGAUGGAUGAGAGGAACACUCCGAUGAGGACCUACCAGGUGUGCAACGUGAUGGAAGCCAACCAGAACAACUGGCUGCGGACGCGGCACAUCAGCCGGGAGGGUGCGCAGCGAGUCUACAUCGAGAUCAAGUUCACCCUGAGAGACUGCAACAGCCUGCCCGGUGUCCCCGGUACCUGUAAGGAGACGUUCAACAUGUACUACUAUCAGUCCAACAAUGCCAACUUGUGGUUCAUCAAGGAAAGCCAGUAUGUAAAGAUUGACACUAUUGCUGCAGAUGAGAGCUUCACACAGGUGGAUGUUGGUGACCGCGUCAUGAAGCUGAACACGGAGGUACGAGACAUCAGCAACCUGAGUAAAAAGGGUUUCUACCUGGCCUUCCAGGACUUGGGUGCCUGUAUCGCUCUGGUCUCAGUCAGGGUCUUCUACAAGAAGUGUCCCCUCACGGUGCUCAACCUGGCCCAGUUCCCCGACACAAUAACCGGUGGGGAUACGGCGCUGGUGGAGGUCCACGGCAUGUGCGUGAACGCCUCCGAGGAAUUUGAGGCUCCUAAGAUGUACUGCAGCGCAGAUGGAGGCUGGCUCGUCCCCAUCGGCAGGUGUGUGUGCAAACCAGGCUUCGAGGAGAACAAGGACGUCUGCCAACCAUGCAGACCUGGAACCUAUAAAGCUUCAGCCACAGAUGCCUACUGCACCAAAUGUCCUCCUCACAGCUCGUCCCCUCAGGAACAAGCCACUGAGUGCAUUUGUGAGAGAGGCUUCCAUCGUGCUGAUUCUGACCCACGCUCAAUGGCCUGCACUCGUCCUCCAUCUGCUCCAGAAAACCCCAUCUCUACAGUGAAUGAGACCUGCGUGACCUUGGAGUGGUCACCGCCCAGAGACACAGGGGGUAGAGGGGACAUUGCCUACAGCCUCCACUGCAGGAAGUGCUUCGGUGACGGCAAGAAGUGCACGCCGUGCGGCGGCAGUGUCCAUUUUGUGCCAAGACAAUUCGGCCUGUUGUCAGCCUCUGUGUUGAUCACCGACUUACAGCCGGAUUCCAACUACAGCUUCACUAUUGAGAGCCAGAAUGGAGUGUCAGACUUAAGUCCAACGCCCAGAGGAGCUGUAGUACUAAACGUUACAACGUCACAGACAGUGAGCGUUGUCUUAAAGGAAAGACGAAGCAAGGACAGUGUGACUUUGGCCUGGCAGGGUCCAGAGAGACCAAACGGAGAGAUAGUGGAAUAUGAGGUCAUCUACUAUGAGAAGAACCAGCGGGAGCAGAACUACACAGUUCUGAAGACUCGCUCCAACAUGAUGACAGUGGACGGGUUGAAGCCGGGGACCACCUACGUGUUCAGGGUCAGGGCUCGAACCGACGGGGGCUACGGGAGCUACGGUGGAGAAAUAGAGCUGGAAACCAGCCACGAGGACGUCUUGGCCAUCGGGGACCCAAACCAGUCCACCAUAAUGGUCGUGUCCGUUGCUGGGGGAAUUGUCCUCCUCAUCUUCCUGGUGACCUGCUUUGUUGUCAGCGGAAGACACUGUGGAUACAUCAAAGCCAAGCAGGACCCUGACGAAGAGAAGAUGCAAUUCCAACACGGCCGAGUGAAGCUUCCAGGCAGCAGAACCUACAUCCAUCCUCACACCUACGAAGACCCUAACCAGGCCGUCCGAGACUUCGCCAAAGAGAUAGAUGCUUCCAACAUUCGCAUAGAGAGAGUCAUUGGAGCAGGAGAGUUUGGGGAGGUGUGCAGUGGACGCCUGCGUGUGCAAGGGAAGAGGGAGAUCUACGUUGCCAUCAAGAGUCUGAAGGCAGGAUAUUCUGACAAACAGAGGAGGGACUUCUUAUCCGAGGCCUCCAUCAUGGGACAGUUCGACCACCCCAACAUCAUCAGGCUGGAGGGUGUUGUCACAAAAUAAACAUGACGGCCAGUUCACAGUCAUCCAGCUGGUUGGCAUGUUGCGUGGCAUCGCCUCAGGUAUGAAGUACCUGUCAGACAUGAGCUAUGUUCAUAGAGACCUGGCCGCUCGCAACAUCCUGGUCAACGGUAACCUCGUGUGUAAGGUGUCAGACUUUGGCCUGAGUCGAGUUCUGGAGGACGACCCCGAGGCCGCGUACACAACAAGGGGAGGAAAGAUCCCCAUCAGAUGGACGGCUCCAGAGGCCAUAGCCUACAGGAAGUUCACCUCAGCCAGUGAUGUGUGGAGUUAUGGUAUCGUCAUGUGGGAGGUGAUUUCAUAUGGAGAGCGACCUUACUGGGAGAUGUCCAACCAGGAUGUGAUCAAAGCAAUAGAUGAGGGCUACCGUCUUCCUGCUCCAAUGGACUGUCCUGUGGUGUUACACCAGCUCAUGUUGGAUUGCUGGGAGAAGAGCCGCAGUGACCGGCCCAAGUUUGGACAGAUUGUCACAAUCCUGGACAAACUCAUCAGAAACCCAGCCAGUCUCAGAGAGCUGGCCAACAGUUCAGUGUGCAGGGAGGACCCACCCACUCCAGAGUUCAGUGUGAACACGGUGGACGACUGGUUGGAAACCAUCAAGAUGGGCCAGUACAAGGAGAACUUCUCCAGUGCUGGAUAUGUCAGCUUGGACUCUAUCCUCUACAUAAGUGUCAGUGAAUUGACAAAGAUGGGAGUGACUCUGGCUGGCCACCAGAAGAAGAUUUUAUCCAGUGUGCAGAGCCUGCAAGCCCAGGGGACGCAUGUCCAUGUAUAACAGUUUCCACAAAGACACACGGUGAGACAGACUUGAACUGGAUGCUCCUGUGAAGAGCCUCCCCACUAAAAUGGAGUUGGAAUGGAUACUUUGUGCUUGGGUCUCCAUUGAUUUUGAGACACACUAAAAUGGAGACAACAUUGACGUUUGACUCCUUCACCUUCCCAUGCCCCCCCACCCUUCUGCAUCGUCGAUGGGCACUUCUGGCUUUAGCACUCAGAGUCCCAGCAACACCGUCACUGUAAUGGAGCAGCAGAGUGACACGCUACCAACAAGACCGCACAUAGAGCAUCCCAGGCCAUUUCACAACAUGUCAACUUAACAAAAAGGAAGAAAAAAAAAACUUUUGACAUAAGAAAUAGAUUAAAAAUAGAAUAUAAUGUUCAUCACUGUUUGUGAGGUGUACAGUCGGGUUUUACCAUUGUUUUGUUUGUUUUGUGUUUUCACAAUGAAGGAUUUAAAAAGGGUCAUAAGAUGUGUAUAUGUGUAGAUAAAUGUUUAUACGGGCAGUGUUUCCCACAACCAUAGAGAUGGACCUAACGUUUGUAUUGGUGGUGAAGAUUAUAUUGCGCAACAUUAGCAGGAAUUAUUACCCUGUAGAUAUGGCUUCUUUUAUUGCGGUCUGCUCCAAGAAAGCCAAUGAAUGAGCCAAGAUUGUGAACGACCUGAAUGUGUGAGGAGAGGGAGAAAUAAGAAACUGGACCUGUAGCGAUGGAGAUGCAUGUAGAUUUUGCUAGCUCGUGUUGGGUGUGU